GCGGACGCACAGAGUGAUCUGCUGUGAAUCAUGGCCGGUUUGGCGGUGACCACAGCUCUCUUGGCCUUUCUGUUCUCCGCGCAGUUCUCCCCGACACGGUCAGAACGCUUGAGUCUGGACCCGCUGGACGCACUGGACUCUGUGGAACUAAGAAUGAGCAACUCAAUCCCAACCCACGCUUUCGCGUCUUUCGUGGGGUCUUCUCGAAAAAUCAGCGUCGUCUACUUCUUUAAGAGAGACUUGAGCCAUCUGGGGACUGCCCUCAGACAUUUCGACGCAGCCAAGAGGGAAAAGAAGUUAAAACAGACCGCUCAGUUUGCAAAGGUGAAUUGUACUAAAGAUCCGGCUAUUCCUUACUGUAGCGUCGACAAAUCGCAUCAUUAUGUUUACAUUGUGAGCCAGGGUAUGGUGAAAGAUGCGGUACCGAUCAUCGAGAUCACCGAAGCAGACGCUCUGGUUUACAGGAUUUUUCAGGUACAAUUAGGCAAAUCCCUGAAGAGGAUUAAAACGGAGAAGAAACUUGUGGACCUACAGAGGCGCAGUGCUGGGCACAAGGACAUCAUUGUCAGUUACCAGAUGGACGGCAAGCCAUUCGAGCACAGAAUAUUCCUGGAGUUUGCAAUGGAUCACCAGAAACAAUACUUGUUCAUCGUAACAACGAAAGUAAAACUCUCGCGUGUUCUCAGCGGUGGCAAACCAGCGAGUAUGCCGACAGCCUGGUAUCUGCACUGCGCGGAGGAAAAAGAAGGCAGCGAAACGUGUCGUAACACUGCCUAUCGCGGUCUCCUGCGGUCCUAUGGACUCUCAAACUUUAUGAGGGCAAUCAAACUGCCCACCGUGAUUACAUUUUCAGACGAACAACUGACCACCUGCAGGACGCUGGGUCUACAUGUUAUAUACGUCUUCACAAACACGGGAAAGAAGUCUGACGCAGCCGAAGUGGCUGCAAGUUUAGGGAAGGCUUUUCGGGGUACUUCUGGUGUGAUGCUUACAAACCUCGACAAGAUCUCCAAGUCGAGUUUACAAUCACUUGGUGUGAACCUGACGAGGGAAGUUGAGCUGCCAGCGGUUGCCAUUCAAGCUAAUGGACAUGGAGAUCUGCAUUUCAUGAGUGGGUUUGUACCCGAGAACCUGCUGGAGUAUCUACAAACGUAUGUGACGUACUACGAAGCCUUACAGGUUCAUAAAAUACAGCAAAGCAAGCUGCGAAGGACAGAUAAGGAUGGCCAAGGAGACGUUGUGGCCAUUGCUGUAAACCAGGAUAAGGUGAACACGAUUGAAUUGAAGCACAUCUCCACCCUAACGGACAAAACAUUUGCAACAUUAGUGGAAGAGGAACGCUUUGUGGUGGUCAUGUUCCAUUUGACAUGGGAUGUACGAUCCAAGGCGUUCAUGCACAGCUACUCGGAGGCGUCCGUGAUACUGGCAGACGAUGUCCACUGUAAUGUAACCUUGGCACAAGUCCUGUGUGACGACUGGACUGACGUCUGCAGACUGAACGACAUCGCGUCGUACCCGACAGUCAGGGUCUUCGCUGGAGGGGCCUUUCUGAAGGAUUACAGGAGGAUGCUAGACACUGCUGAGUUCGUCCAUUUCGUGAAGUUACUCCAAAUAGAAGCGCCGAUAGAGAUAAAGUCUGCAGAUGACGCGGCAGGUUUCCACACAGGAACGUCACCCGAACUGCUGAAAGAUUCCCCUCAUACCUCAGUAGUGGGGGGCUUCACAUCCCGGGAUCAGGAAGAAUUCCGGAUAUUCGAACAGGCUGCUCGUUACCUUCAUGGAUACUUUGCCCUUGGCGCUGUGACGGAUGAAAAUGUGGCUGCUAAAGUAUGCUCCCAGUUUGACGCCGCGGUUCCGUGUGUUGUGGUUGUGAAGAGAAACGACGAGCAUCAACAACACAAGGUUUUUCAAGAAGACGCUAUGGACGCGGAAAUUCUUAUCAACUUCAUUCAAGUCGCCAGUCUUCCGGUUUUCCCGAAGUUGACGGUGCGGAACUUCCCUGCCCUGUCCCGGAUGAGUAAGCCGUUUGUGAUUUUAUUCGGCGGCUCUGCCAGUGAUCUGAGGGCGGUGGGGAAAAUUGCAGCUUUGGAGCAAAUCAACGCAGUUUUUUCGUGGAUGGACUUAAAUGACCCGGACAGGUUUGCAGUGGAACUUCUGGAUUUGUACGCAGCUUCUACGGAUAUACCUGUUUUAGUCAUGGUGGACCAUGCAACGGGAAACAUCUGUCUCUACCCUCACAGCGGUAACUUUGGCAUGGAAGAAAUAAAGGCUUGGGUUGAAGAGUGUAAAGGCGGCAAUGCUGUGAAGACUAGCAAACUGCUGGAAGAGAAGUGGAAACCGGUGUCGCCUGCGCUAGACUUCCUCCGCCGCCUCGAUGCAGUAGGAGACAGCGCCAAACAACUGGAGCAUCCACGGGCUCCAUCAGAUGAGUAUGAGGAGGACGAACGAGAGAUCCUCGCUUAUCGUACCCGUAUUGCUCAACAGGAAAGGGAUGACGAUAAGCAGAAAAAGAAGGAAGUGAAGCAGAAAAAAGAGGGGAAAGAACAGAAAGGUCAUCAUGAAAAAGAGGGAAAUGUAGCUGAGAAACAGGGAAAAGAUGAAGUAAAAGAGAAAAAGAAGAAAGAGAAACAGAAAAAGAAGGAAGUGAAGCAGAAAAAAGAGGGAAAGGUACAGAAAGAUCAUAAUGAGAAGGAGGGAAAUGAUGCUGAAAAACAGGGAAAAGAUGAAGUGAAAGAUAAACAGAAGAAAGAGAAACAUACUAACAUAGAGGAUGAGACUAAUGAGAUGCCACGAGACGAACUGUGACACCUGUAUCGUAUUGCGACGUACACAACGUUUCAGUGAAUCCCUUUAACUUAAAAUCAUAACCUUUUGGAAACAUAUAUCUAAUAGUUGUCAGAUAUCUAAAAACGACGACAAAUGAUUUUUAAGAGGAAGAGGCCAUAGCUGCCUUAAUUUGACUCGGGGCGUCGCCCCAGACUUUUAAGCCCUUUGGAUGUUUUUGCACGACUCUCUAUGUGCGUUUCUUAACACUGUCAUAAAUUGAAGGGUUUCCAUAGUUUUCAUAGACUUAUCGAUAACAAAUAUUCCUGUGCCUACAAAAUAAGAUCAUUCUAUGCAGGCCAUUUACUUUUAAAAGGGCAGAAUAAACUUUAAAUUCAAUACAAACCAAUUCAAAAUAUGUUAAAAUGUGGUUGUUAUAAAGAACAAUAAAGACACAACGAGACGAUGUGGCUGGAUCCGACGUUUGUGAUCUAUUAUGUCGUUAUUUAUCAAACUCGCUAUAUCUUUCCCCGGAAAGUGAUAAAGACAGUAAGACAUAAGAACACUUAGAUUGAAGAAUUAUGUCACUAGGUAGGUUGCUUCUAUGAUGUCACCAGGUACUACCGUAGAACACGUGACUUAGUGAGACGAUGAACGUGAUUCAAAAGUUACAGAAUUUUUUGAGUCCCCGUCACUCCACUCCAGGGUCGGCUGUAACGCCCUGAUUCAUAAUAGCUUCGUAUUAGUCGGGUAUUGACUAUCUAAGCAAAAUUACAACAGAAUGUCAUGAAACUC